GGCGGAAAUUCAGUCACUGCCAACGAUUUAUCCUACCACCUAAGGAGCCCUCUGCCCUUCAUCAGCUUCAAGUUCGGUACAGGACGAGGAUCUCACCAACAAUGAAGUUCUUUGUUGCCGCCGCUGUCUGCGCCCUCAUGACCUGCGGAGCCUUCGCUGAGGAAGCCGCCAAAAAGGAAAAGGUCGAAGGUCGCGGAGGACUCCUGGGCGGUGGUCUUGGAGUCGGCGGCUACGGCGCUGGCGUGGGUCCCGGUCUCGUCGGCGGUGGUCUCGGAGGUGCAGGUAUCGGAGCAGCUGGACUCGGCGGCUACGGCGGAGCUGGUUUCGCCGGCCCAGCAGUGGCCGGAACCGGUCUCAUUGGAACCGGUGGUCUGGGAUACGGCGGUCUUGGAUACGGCCGCCUCGGUUACGGUUGACUCGGCUACGGCGGUGGUCUCGGCUACGGUGGCGGCUACCAGUCCGGCUACGGUUCUUCGGCCGGUGGACACCAGGGAGGAUAUCAGGGUGGCGCUGCCGGACACAACCAGGGAUCAGCUGGCUUCGCGGGUGGUGUUGCCAACAGGCGCGUCAACGCCUACAACAACAACCAGGGCUACAGCCACACCUCUGGAUUCUCGGCCUCUGACAGCAAGGCCUUCGGCUCCGGUCACAACCAGGGCUCGGCUGGAUUUGGAAAGGGAGCUGCCGGUCACCAGGGAGGAUACGGACAGUCGUCGUUCGGACAACACGCUGGUUCCGGCUUCGGUGGAGGAUACCUCGGCUAAAAGAUACAGUCAAUAAAAUUUCCUUGUAAAGCGGA